GCAGAAUCUUUUAUUAACUCAGUACCUCAUCCGCACAACAAAGAAAAUCUGUCCGAAGCCUGAAAGUCCUGUGCCUAAACGGCCGCUGAAGCUACGGAGAUGAAAGCUUACUGAAGCCGUUUUCAGUUAUUCACAGACCGCAGUGCGGAAAGGAUGUUCGCGGUUCCCGAGUAAUUCGAACUGAAUUGCGUUCGUUAGUUCGUUACGUGUUUUGUGUUAGUGCUUCUGUAGUAGGAAUUACAAAUGAUAAGCAUUGUUUCAUAAGUUUAUAAUACAAUUUAUAAAAAGUGUUUCGUUUAAAAAGCUCAAUAUUUGUUACUUUCUAAGGCUGAUUCAUAAAAGCUAUUUAUUUCAAGUAAUUUAAAGGAAAAGUUUACAUCUGCUGGAAGACAGACCAUGUUGAUGUCAUUAACACACAUGAGAACUAGAAAGUGCUAGAAUGUGCAAAAACGUGAAGAAUGUAUCUUGGGAGACGGAGACUCUGAUGGGUACCAAGCCGAAGUCGCGGUGGGGCAACUUUUGCCCUAGAGCUGCCCUGUCGCAUGUCGGCUUGUUUGUGGCCCUCAUGCUGUAUACAGCGGGCGGUGGACUGGUAUUUCGAGCCUUAGAAUACCCAGCGGAAUUAGAAAAACAAGAGUACCAUCGAGACAGACUGUUAACGGAGCGAUGGAAUUUAAUUCGUUUCGUGUCAGAGCGAAGCAAUGGCACGGACUACAGUGAUGGUGUAGAGAAAUUACUGAGUGAUCAUUUAGCUGCUUAUGAAAAGGUUUUAGAAGAGGCAUCUUCGAGUGGUUUGUCAUUAGAAGUGGAAAAAAACUUUCCACCCUUAGAAGAGAAAUGGAGUAUACUCCAAGCUGUUUUCUUCUCCUCCACAGUGCUCACCACAAUAGGAUAUGGUAACAUUGUACCAGAGACGUUCUGGGGUAGGCUGUUUUGUAUUGCAUACGCCCUUAUCGGAAUACCACUCACACUCACCGUUAUCGCUGACUUGGGCAGAGUGUUUGCCACAUUUGUUUCCUUCAUAGCCAAACAACUACCUGAAAUGCCAAAAUGCUGUACACGAGUGACAGAAGCAAAUCCAGCAGGUCAAAGAUCGCUGUACGCAUUAGGAGCAGUCGGUUUUCUGUUUGUAUAUUUAUCCGCUGGUGCCGGACUGUUUAAGAUGUGGGAGGAUGAUUGGUCUUUUUACGAUGGAUUCUAUUUCUGUUUCAUCACCAUGACAACCAUUGGAUUUGGCGAUAUUGUACCAAAAAGACCCAAAUAUAUGUUACUGUGCACGCUCUACAUUUUAAUUGGUUUGGCUCUUACGUCGACCAUUAUCGAGCUGGUGCGAAGGCAAUAUGCCAGAUCUUGGCAACAACUGAGGGCGCUCUCCGGCCCGCUGGCAGACACACUGAGACGACUCGGCGACGCCGGCAGGGGAGUUGAUGUGUCUAGUCUGCACAGUGACCUUAGAAAAGUACUUACAGUGGUGACAAUGCCUCGACUCAGCAGUGCUGGAGGUGGAGCUCUCACAGACAAACGACGACUCGAAUGGGAAGCCGCCGUCGAAGCUGUUAUCAGAGACAUCACUUCGCCCGUUCAACAGAAACCUCCGAUCGUUCAAAUUGUUAUCUACGAAUCCUCAGUUUAACAUAUUGCUGAGUCUUGGUUUUAGUUUACGCCUACUUUUACAAUGAAGUAUGAUACAGCUUUAAACGUCGAUGACGUAAUAAUUAAGGUUUCUUUCUCAUAAUCGCCACUGCCGAUGCCCUUCCAAUUAUAUGAGCUCCGAUCACGGAUGCCCUUACGCCAUGCCAGCGUGAUAGUUAAACAUUUUGGCUAGCAGCUCAAGGACACCACCGGCUUGGAUUAAUACGCAAAUAUUUCAUUCUCGCUGAUGCGCGACCUGACGUGACUAUUGAUGGCCUGAUUGAUACCGAACAAAUUUAUAAUAUUUCCAUGCUCUCUGUCAAUUAUAACUUGCAAAUUAACGUGAAUGAUUGAUAUGGGGUUUGGUGUUGUUUUCAUAAGCAUCGAGUCAAAUGCUUAUAGGAGCUUUGGAAGUAUUAUUAACCGCACUCAAGCCGUUUGAUCAAUGAUUAUCUGUUUAUCUCUCUCACCAUAGACAUUUUCCUUGAUCUUGUUAAAAUAUAGCAAUGGGCGUAAUACGACACUUGUUUAAUGGUUAUGUCGGUGUGUUCUCGUGCCAACAGCGGAAAAAAUGUGAAUCUUUGUGAACGAUUUUAUUUUUGAUUGACAAGCGUAUUGGGUAAAGAUGUUCGGUCCGGCGGCGUAUUGUCUAGACGUGUCAUGUGAUGAAUACAAUUAUUUUUAUACUUCAUCUCGAUGAAAGUUCAAGAUGUUUCGAAUUAUGGUGAAUUUGAUGUAUUUUUGAUUUAAUUUCCACACUGCCCUUCAACGAUGUGUUAUGUAUUGUUUUCACAGUAAAAAGUGAUGAAACGGAAAACGUUUUACAAAAUGACAAAUUUUCGUUUAACUGCCAGUGAAACUAGAAUGUUUGUAAAACGUUUUGUGAAUAUAAUGUUACAUCCUCGAUUAAAGAAUGACAUACUUUUGACUGUUUUAAAAAUACUUAGAACUUUACUCAUUUUUUACGCAGCUGGCUGGUGUCGUUAAAACAUUAUGUCACAGUAAAAAAAGUCGUUUUUUUGGGUUUUCCUUAGUGGUUCUGGCUUUAAAAGAGUUCCGAGACAUGCCCUGCAGAGUUUUAGUGAGAGUUUUAUAAGUAAAAGGAGUCUUACCGAUCGUAUGUUUGGAGAAUAUGAAUGACAUUGCUAUAAAUAAAAAUGAAUCUUGAAAAUGAUUUGUAACGCGGAGAAUAUUACGUAAGAUUAAAAAAAAAAUACUUUAAAUACGUGAAAUGAGUAGUAUUCAAAGAGAGGCUCUUCAUGUGCAUACUCCAAGUUAAUGUAGAUAUUUAACUAAGAAUGUCUUGCCAAAUGACUUUCCGAUAUCAGAUAAAAAUAGCAGUGGCAGUAUGGGACGAAUACUGAUGUAGAGAUUCCUGAGACAUGCCAACAGAACAAUGUGGUAUAUUCGUAUUCCUAAAUACCUGGUCAAACUAGGUUAAAGAGAAUGAUAAUAUCUAUUAAAUCUUAGUACAGGUGAUGCACUACAGAAAUUUAUUUACGUUAACGUAUUUGAUCUUAAGUAUUUUUUUAUCAAAAUAACAAUGUCAAAAUUUAUAAUGCUAUAAAAGAUAUAAAUUAUUCAGUCGUUCUGAAGAUAUCUCCACAAUGUCUGCUACUUGGAACAAAUUACAAUUCAGUUUCGAAUCCAGUAUUAUCUGGACUAGGGCUGUUCGAACCAGAACGCAUAAAUUAGGCAAAUAGAAUCUGAUACAGCGCUUAAUUACAAUAGCACUUGUAAUAUCAUUUACUUUGAAUGAAUGAUCAAGAUGUACCGUUCAAUUCAAAUGAAUAGUCAAGUAGAUAAAGAAUAUUUAGUCCACUUACGCUACUUUUAGUAUCGGCGAUAGGCGAUAUUGUGGAUGCAAAACACCUAGCUAGCUAGUUCGGUCGAUGGUUUUAUCGUUUUUGAACGUUUGGAAAAUAUUGCUGAUACUAAGGUUGACAGUAUAUUCAACUGAAUUUAAAAAGAACUUUAAAAGAACACAAGAUAACUUAAAUCAAAAGAAGACUCUUGAUCAAAUGAAGCAUACAAAUAGAAUUGAAUCAAUAUAAUAUUAUGCUGUUUAUUUUGAAAAGACAUUAUUAUACAUUUAAGUACACAAAUAAAUGUAUAAGUAUUACAUAGCAAAUACUGGUAUAUAAUAUUAUAACAGCUAAUGCAAAAAAAUGAGUUACAAAAUGGCGGCUAGAUUUUAAAAUUCCUUCAAUAAAUUGAUUCCUACCUUUA